GGGGAAGAAGGUGGUUGGCGGUCUGUCUACCACCUCCGCCUCUACCUCCUCCGCUUUGAGCUGCCCCGCGGGCGCCCGGCCGUUCCGCCGCUCGGGCAUGAGACCGUGAAGCGAGUGUCGGGGCCGGGCCGCGGACAUGUUUGGCCGCUCGCGGAGCUGGGUGGGCGGGGGCCAUGGCAAGUCCUCCCGCAACAUCCACUCCUUGGACCACCUCAAGUAUCUGUACCACGUUUUGACCAAAAACACCACAGUUACAGAACAGAACCGGAACCUGCUAGUGGAAACCAUCCGUUCCAUCACCGAGAUCCUGAUUUGGGGAGAUCAAAAUGACAGCUCUGUCUUUGACUUUUUCCUGGAGAAGAACAUGUUUGUUUUCUUCUUGAACAUCCUGCGGCAGAAAUCGGGUCGCUACGUGUGUGUUCAGCUGCUGCAAACCUUGAACAUCCUCUUUGAGAAUAUCAGUCACGAGACCUCGCUCUAUUAUUUACUCUCUAAUAAUUACGUAAAUUCUAUCAUUGUCCAUAAGUUUGACUUUUCCGACGAGGAGAUUAUGGCAUAUUAUAUAUCGUUCCUGAAAACACUUUCGUUAAAACUCAACAACCACACUGUCCAUUUCUUUUACAAUGAGCACACUAACGACUUUGCCCUGUACACAGAAGCCAUCAAAUUUUUUAAUCACCCCGAAAGCAUGGUUAGAAUUGCUGUAAGAACCAUAACCUUGAACGUCUACAAAGUGGAUAACCAGGCCAUGCUGCACUAUAUCAGAGAUAAAACUGCCGUUCCUUACUUCUCCAAUUUGGUUUGGUUCAUCGGGAGCCACGUGAUCGAACUUGAUAACUGUGUGCAGACGGAUGAGGAGCACCGGAAUCGAGGGAAACUGAGUGACCUGGUGGCUGAGCACCUGGACCACCUGCACUAUCUCAAUGACAUCCUCAUCAUCAACUGUGAGUUCCUCAACGAUGUGCUCACGGACCACCUCCUCAACAGGCUCUUCCUGCCCCUCUACGUGUACUCGCUGGAGAAUCAGGACAAGGGAGGAGAACGCCCGAAAAUCAGCCUGCCAGUUUCUCUCUAUCUUCUCUCCCAGGUCUUCCUAAUUAUACAUCAUGCACCCCUGGUAAACUCGUUAGCUGAGGUCAUUCUGAACGGUGAUCCAUCUGAGAUGCACGCUAAGACUGAGCAGGAUGUUCAGAGAACUUCUGCCAAGCCCAGCAUUCGGUGUUUCAUUAAACCCACCGAGACGCUAGAGCGGUCCCUUGAGAUGAACAAGCACAAGGGCAAGAGGCGGGUGCAAAAGAGACCCAACUACAAAAAUGUUGGGGAGGAAGAAGACGAGGAGAAAGGGCCCACCGAGGAUGCUCAAGAAGACGCCGAGAAGGCUAAAGGUACAGAGGGUGGUUCAAAAGGCAUCAAGACGAGUGGGGAGAGUGAAGAGAUAGAGAUGGUGAUCAUGGAACGCAGCAAGCUCUCAGAAGUGGCCGCCAGCACCUCCAUGCAGGAGCAGAACACCACAGACGAGGAGAAGAGGGCCGCUGCCACGGGCUGCAGCCAUAGUGUGCAAUGGAGCAGACCCUUCCUGGAUAUGGUGUACCAUGCCCUGGACAGCCCGGAGGAUGACUACCACGCCCUCUUCGUGCUCUGCCUCCUCUACGCCAUGUCACAUAACAAAGGCAUGGAUCCGGAAAAAUUAGAGCGAAUCCAGCUCCCAGUGCCAAAUGCAGCCGAGAAGACCACUUACAACCAUCUCCUGGCUGAAAGACUUAUUAGGAUAAUGAAUAAUGCUGCCCAGCCAGACGGGAAGAUCCGGUUGGCGACACUGGAGCUGAGUUGCCUGCUCCUAAAGCAGCAAGUCCUGACCAGCAACGGCUGCAUCAUCAAGGACGUGCACCUGGCCUGCCUGGAGGGUGCAAGAGAAGAAAGCGUUCACCUGGUGCGGCAUUUUUACAAGGGAGAAGAAAUUUUUCUGGACAUGUUUGAAGAUGAGUACAGGAGCAUGACGAUGAAGCCCAUGAAUGUGGAGUACCUCAUGAUGGACGCCUCCAUCCUGCUACCCCCAACGGGUACGCCACUGACAGGCAUCGACUUUGUGAAGCGCCUGCCGUGUGGCGACGUGGAGAAGACCCGGCGGGCCAUCCGGGUGUUCUUCAUGCUCCGCGCCCUGUCACUGCAGCUGCAAGGUGAGCCCGAGACCCAGUUGCCGCUCACGAGGGAGGAGGACCUGAUCAAAACCGAUGACGUCCUGGAUCUGAGUAAGUGGACUGUCCUGUGUGGCAGCAGGGGGCUGGGAACACUGACUUAUGCACCACUGCGGGGGUCAGUGUGCAAUGUGCAUUUUGUACUAUGGCCGAUCUGUGACUGCCUGUGAAACUUUCGAAGCAAGGGCCCCAGAUUCUGGGUGCCUGAGGUCCAUCUGAGGCACUGCUUUCUGCAGGCUGGGUGGAGCUGUGCUGGUGGUUUGCUCAGAGGUCUGUGGAGGGCGAGUGGGGUCUCAAGUAGGGGUGGACACAGUGCCAGGAUCCCUGCCCUUCACAUACCCAUAACAGCACCAGUUUUAUUGGUUUGGUGUAUUAGAGAUUUUCUGUAUGGUUCCAAUGAUAAAAGGAUUCUGCUGAUAAAAAGAAAAGCUUGUGAAGUAAAUCACUGAUGUUUAGAUAAAGGCGAGGGCUUUGAGGCGGGAAUCCCACGUGCUCGGUGUGUAACCUUCGGCUGCUUAUUCAACCACUCAGUGCCUCAGUGUUCUCAUCUGUAGCAUAGGAUGGGAUUUAAAGAAGGUGACAGAUAUAAAGCCUAGUCCCUGUUCCCCAUCACCUCUCUUGUAUUUGUCUAGUUUCUCUUUCCUCCCUUCAGUAUGGGCUGUGUGCACACUCACGAGCAAGAUGGUUUUCUGUCUCUCAAAGGCACAUGGUACAUUCAGAGUCUUUGGUUGUAAGAGAUGGAAAAUGCAACUCAGGCUGGCUUAAGGAAAAAGAAGGAGGAAUUGGUUGAUGCCACUGGAAAGUCUGGGAGUAGUCCACCUUCAGGCAUGGCUGGAUCUGGGUCCUCAAGCAGUGUCAUCAGGAAGCUGCCAUACUCCGUCCCUCAGCUCCGCUUUCCUCUGUUCUAGCUUCAUCUCAGGAGGGCGCUCCUCAGGUAGUGAUAGGAGCUCUCCCAUCAGCACCUCCAACAUUUGCUAGGCCCACUAAAUAACCCUGACAGAAAAAGAGCUUCUCUUUCCCGUAACUUAUAUAAAAGUCCGGAGCAGGACUGUCAUUGGACUGGCUGGCCAUAGGACCAUCCCUGAACCAGGAAGUGGUCAGAGGAAUGUGAUUCACUGAUUGGCUAGGCCGGGAUCACAUGUCCAGCCCUGGAGCUGGGAGGUGGGGCCAGUUCAUUUUCAACCUUAUAACCUAAGAGUGAGGAAGGAGGAGGCCCUCAGAGGAAAAUCCUAGAGAAGCGAUGGAUGCUGGGCAGACAGAAACAACAGAUGGCCGCUCUGUAGCAUAUGUUGAGGACAGAGUCAUCGUCGUCAUCAUUGUUGUUGUUUUAAUCAGCUUUAUUGUGGUAUAAUUUACAUACAGUAAAAUUCACCAAGUUUUAAUGUAAAUUCAAUGAAUUUUGAUAAAAGGACUCAGUUGUGUAACCAACAAUCAUGAUAAAGAACGUUGAAGAUUAGCUCUUGAGCCAGACAUCCCUGUUCCACUCUGUAUUACCUGCCCUGUAUUACUUUAAGCAAAUGACUUGAAACCUCCUCAGCCACCCUUUCCUUGCCUGUAAAAUGGGAAUGAUUUUUCUUAUAUUAGAAGGCAUUUUGAGGAUUGAGCAAAAUAUAUGA